AGUUACUACGUGUCCCUUUAAGCGUAAUUUCACAUAUGUUUGACUCAGUUGAUGUUCAUGGCGGCUGUGUCCUUUUCCUUCAUGAUAUAAUAAAAAUUGGGUUGUAACCAUUCAUGAAAUUAUUACCCAAAUUGCUUUCUUGCAAAAGGAAGCGAUUUUGAUUGGUUUUGUUGCAUGCAAUGGAAAUUUUGCAUUGUUGGCACCCAGCAUAUUCCAAAAAAUAAGUACUUUUCUGAGAAUUGUCAGAGAAGAUCUCUUCUUAUAAGGAUAGAGCAUUAAAAUCAUUUCCAAGGAGGCAGGGGAAGUGUUGAAGUGUAGGAAGCUCACUCUAGAUUCCAUGUUCCCUAUUUUGCUAUUCUUGUCGGUUUACAACAAAGUUGUAAUGUAAAGGUUGGUUUGUGAUUCUUCAUGCUUUGGGUUCAUUGAUUUGAUAAGUUGUUUGUUAUGAUAGCUGAAAAGGGAAGAAAUGUCUGAAUUGAUUAUGGUGAUUCAUUGCAGACAGUUUCAUUGAUUUUUAGUGAGUGCUUGAGUUUCAGUGUUUCAACUUGAUCUUGUAGAGUAAUUAUUGCAAAAUGGAAUUCAAAGAUGAAACACAAAGUGUAAUUUUACAAUUGAUGGGUCUUGAUAAAGUGCCUGCCCAACAUCCUGUUAGAGAUAAACAGAAAGUGCUCUCUGAGAAUUACCUGCAGAAAGUUGCCUCUAUUGGUGUCAGAAAGAAGCGUUCAUCGCUCCAGCAUCAUUCCUUGGGAAUGAAUACCGAUGAAAAAGAAGAAUCUGAGGAUGGUUUGAAGGUAGUCAAAGCCAUAAGGCGAGAUAGGCACCAUAACCCAUCAAAGGGAAAUUGGAAAGAGAAACCAUUUUCAUCUUGCGAAAAUUUUCAUUUGGCUGACGGGCUGCACAAAGGGUUAUCAUAUCCUGAAAGUGUGAGAGAUUAUCCUGAAAUGAUAGAUAGAAAGAAAAUACCCUAUCCCAUGAAUUUUGGUAAGCAGAUUUCAAGAUCUUCAAGUAAAAUUUCAGAGGAGGUUUCUAUGCAAACGGGAAAUGUUGCAAACAGCGUUUUAGAUGCCUUUUCAAGUUCAUUUGUCAGUGGGAAUGAAGCGUUUUCCAAUGAUAUACUGAAGCCUGCUUCCAAUAUUUCAGAUAAUAAGCUUGAAUGCAGUUCCCCGUUCUUCUGUUCUGAUGGCGCUCAUGUAGGCGCUGAAGCUAGGAACAAAACUUUGAAACAAAGGGAUGUGACCGAAGAAUCGCAAGAACAUGGACGGCAUGGUCAAGACAAUACCCAUAACCAGUUGGCUAUGAUUUCUGAACAUGGAAAUGGAGCAAGAAAUUUGCGUCAUCGAAGUGGUUUUAGUAAUGAUAAAAUUAAAAGGAACAUUAGAUUUGGGGUUGGUUUUGGUUAUACGUUUGCUAGAAAAGUGCCAAUACCUCUUUGUGCGGCUUCUGUUAUUGCUGAUAAUUUUGGAACUAUGAAUAGCGAUUACUUGUUUCAGAGAUAUUGGGGAUUAAGAAAGAAUGCAUCUGCAAAUUGGUCAAUCAGGAAGUCAAGGAAUCAAAAUAUUAACCAAAAAGAAUGUUCAGAAGAUGUAAACCUCAGUCCCAUUAGUGAUAAGUCGGAGCCGACGUGCUACAGGAGUGAUUUGUCUGAUAAGAAAACUAUGCCUCCUCAAUUGUCAAGUUCUAGUUCUUCUAUAUUAAUAGAUAGUCAGAUAUUGCAAGAAAGAUGCUUAAUGAAUGAUGAAAUGAAGAACAAAAUGCAUAAAGGCAGUAAAAAUUAUGGGAAAAAUGCUGUGACUCCUGAUUCAUCUGUUGAUUGCUUGGUAUAUGAUAAUACCGAGGUUGUUGAGAGGUCGCAAAAUAAUCCAACCAAGCAGCAAUCUAAAUCGACAGCCUUCAUUUUAUCACAAGGAGAUAUUGAUUCUUUGAGUUGUUCUUCAUAUGCUUCAAAGCUACAGGAUACAUCAGACUUUCAAGAAGAUUCUGUUCAUUCACUAUUCUCUGAGGCUGACCCAGAGUCCCUUCAUAGCUUUGAGGAGGCCUAUGAGCCUAGUCCAAUUUCAGUUUUGAAUCCCUCAUUUAGAGAUGGCAUUCUUUUGAGCUCUAAAUGUGGUGAUGAUCUAUAUGAUUCCUCUGAAGUCGAUGAUGAAGAAUUUGGUUUGAAUGUUUCAAGUGAUGGAGAUUGUGGGAAUGAAUCUAUUGAUGACUGUGAAGAAAAGAAAGAUAUAGAAGGACUUUUUAGAGUGGAAGAAAGUAGGGAUUUCUCAUAUGUUGUUGAGGUCUUAACUGAGGCAGGUAUAUCUAAUAGGAACUUGUUUACAGAUUUUUCUACAUGGUACUCUACAGAAUGUCCUAUUAGCCCUUCUGUCUUUGAAAUUCUGGAAAAGAAAUUUGGUGAGCAGCAACUUUGGAAGAGAUCUGAAAGGCGGCUUCUCUUUGAUCGCAUUAAUAUAGGGCUGUUUGAGAUUCUCCAGCCAUAUUUGCACAUCCCAAUGUGGGAAAAACCUGUCUCAAGAAGGUUGAAUGCAGAACCAAGCCAAGACAUGAUUGAGGAGGAGGUGUGGGGCAUGCUUGUUGCACACGAUAAGAAAACAAGAAAGGAUUCAGAAAACAAUAUGCUUGGAGGGGAAAUUAGGUGGACAGAACUAGAUGAAGAUAUUGAAGAUAUUGUUAGAGAGAUAGUUAAGAUGUUAAUGGAGGAGCUUGCAAAUGAGAUAGUUAGCUUGGAGAAUAUUUAAAAAAUUUGUAGUUUUGUGUGCGGCUAUAGCAUUUUUAUAUACAAGCAAUUGGUGUAUAGCUUGAUUUUGGGAGAUUGAUUUUGAGACAAUUUUGAAAGUUUGAAGAGUUGGAAUUAGGAUAUAGGUGUUUGAAGAGUUUGAAUUAGGAAUUUAGGAUAUAGGUAUAGGUUCACUAUUCUUUCAUUUGGAGUAAUAUUGUAUUCCACUUGUUUC